CCGGUCUGUGUCUCCCCUGGGACACGGCAGCGGUUCUCACGGUAAUCGGCUCUCGGCCGGACAAACUGUGCUCGGUUGUCGCAGGAAAAUGAUGGCGGAUCGGCGUGAUACCGCAGGCGGGGAGACCGGGACGAGUUCAAGACUCCCGGAGUCGUCUGAGCGGCGUUUCCCGGCGGCCGCCCAGCCGGAGAUCAUGAGAGCGGCGGAGAAAGACGAGCAAUAUGCUGCAUACGUUCACGACGCAUGCCGCGAUGCUUUCCGUCAUCUUUUCGGAACGAGGGUAGUUGUUGCUUUCCAAAACGAGAUAAAGCUUCUGGGUCAGACAUUGUAUUAUCUACUGACAACAGGUGCAGGGCAGCAGACAUUAGGAGAAGAAUAUUGUGAUAUUUCUCAGGUUGCAAACUCGUAUGGGCUCCCACCAACACCUGCAAGACGUGUAGUUUUCAUCCUCUACCAAACCGUAGUUCCAUAUCUCGCAGAAAGACUCAGCUCUAGAAUGACCGCUCAUGGUAUGAUCAUGGAUGAUUUUCUGUUUGGGGAACAGGAAAGAAAUUAUUUGAGAGAGAAUCAAACACAACCUUCUAGUAGUGGAAGCUCAGUUUCAAGAGGACUGCUUAUCUCUGCCAUUUCAAAGUUCAAAGAAAAGCUUAUUGGUUUAUGGUUAUGGGCUGUCCAGAAAUGGCCUAUGGUUCUUCCAUUUGCCCGUGAAGCUGCCCAGUUGGCUCUACGAGCAAACCUUAUGUUUUUCUAUUUUGAAGGUUUGUAUUAUCAUAUAUCAAAGCGUGCAGCAGGCAUUCGAUAUGUUUUUAUUGGGAAGCCAUCGAAUCAAAGAAUGCGAUAUCAAAUCCUGGGCAUUUUCCUUUUGGUCCAGCUUUGUAUUCUUGCCGCUGAAGGACUGCGAAGAAGCAAUUUUUCUUCAAUUUCUAGUUCCGGUCAUCCGUCUACACUUGGCGGUCACUUGUCUUCUUCAGGACGAGGAUUGCCAGUUUUGAAUGAAGAUGGAAACCUAAUCUCUGAUGCUACUAUUAAGAUGGGUAGCCUGGGCACUGAUUCUUUAACUACUUCAGAGUCUCAAGCACCAGUGAGCAUCGGCAAAUGCACUCUCUGCUUAAGUACUCGCCAACAUCCCACAGCCACAACUUGUGGUCAUGUAUUUUGCUGGAAUUGCAUCAUGGAAUGGUGCAACGAGAAGCCUGAAUGCCCUCUCUGCCGCACUCCCAUCACUCAUUCCAGCUUGGUUUGCAUAUACCAUUCUGAUUUCUAAACUUUGCUGUAAGAUUUUCUGUAUUAUUUAUUUAUUAUUUAUUUACAUAGGGUGAAAUUUGUAAUUAGUUGGAAUGUAUUUCAUUAUGCAUGUUAGUGAAAUCCUUUCUCACUGCCAACUUUAGAAUCAGCAAUUGAUUGUAAUCUGGCUGCAAGUAUAAGAAUUAUAAUAUGUACGUUUGCAGCAUUUUGUAAGAUUCGUAGAUGAGGCAAGGACCAAUUCAGGCCAAGCCAGGUUAAUAAGAGCAUUGUAUAGGGGGCAUUUGCAUA